GUGUUUCGCCUUUCACGUUCACCCCCAAUAAGCCGUCUUCGUUGCCAAAAAACUGUCUUCACAAUGGCAGAUGCAAGUGCCCAACUGCAGCCAUAAAAAACCAACCGAACUCAACAUCCCUAAAACCCUAAUUCUACUCUGUUAAGAGCCAUUUUUUCCUAACCUCUAUAUCUUUCUCGUUUGCUUUAUGGCUCUUUCUCUCCAUCUCUCUCUAGUAAACACAGCUUUUUAUACUUGACUUAUUCUUUCUCAUCUUCGGUUUCUCACAGCAAUGGCGGCAGAUGUAGUCAUUGAACGAGAACUGGCGAAAUCCUGCUGUGCAGUGUUGAAAGAAAGAUUCUUGAAGUCGGAAGAGAAAAGGAACGCUCUUCGGCAAGCUGUGAAGCUUCUGGAGCAUCAAAUUGAUAAGCUUCAAUCUGAGAAUCUCAAUCUGAAAAAAUCCUAUGAGGAGGAGCGAGCUCGAGCGGAAUUAGAGAGAGAGGCAAAAGUGAAAGAAUCUACUAUUAGAGUUGGUUUGGAGAACGAGGUCUCUAAUUUGAAGUCUGAGAUCGCUCUAUUACAGAGCAAAGGAGGUUCACGGGACGAGGAUCUAGAUAGGGAAGUGAUACAGCUCCGAACCUGUGUUUCAGACGAUGAGGUGAAGAUAAACCAAAUCAAGGCGCUUCUUGAGAAAGAGAAAAAGAAGGCCGAUGCAGAGAAAAAGAAGGCUGAUGCAGAGAAGAAAAAAGCUGCAGAGGCAUGGAAAAUGGUGAAGGCAGAAAAGAUUAAGGCAGAAGAACAGAAGAGGCUUGCUGAUGUUGAAAGGAGUAGGGCUGAAGAUUAUAUCCGUCGCUUGGAAGCAUCAAAGCAAGAACUCAAUGAAGCAAAGGGAAAAUUGAAUUCUGAAAUAUCCAAGACUGAAGAUGCAAACCGGAGGCUUGAAGCUGAGAAGCAGAAGGUUAAUAAAGAGAAAAAACGUGCAGAAUCAGAAGUUGCGAAAACAGAAGAGAUGAGAAAGUGUGCUGAAGCACAAAGGAAGAAAGCAGCAGAAGAAAAAAAUCGUGCUGAGGAUUUUUCUCAGAAGCUGGAGGAGGAGAGGCGAAGGAAUGAGGCCUUACAGAAGGAGAUAUUGGAAACUAAAUCGCAUAUGAAAAUGGAAAAGAUGCCUCCUGUUCCAUUUGAUCUGGAGGUACAUACUACAAAUGGAAAUAUCAAGGUUCUAGAAAAGCAACUGAAGCUCAAAAAGAUGCAGGUAAAGCAUGCCAAAAGACAGGCUAAACUUGAAAAAGUUCAAAAGAAUUUAUUACAACAAGAAGUCCAUCGUUUGAGGCAGGAAUUUUCCCAAUUCAAUCAUCGCCUGAACAUAUUGGAUGGCUGUUGCUCUCACAGUAGGGAAGGCUUAGAUGGUUCAGCAAAGGCCAAUGACAACUUAAAUCUUCAACUGUUGAACUUGAAAAACAAACUAUCUGGUACAGAACCAUGGAACUUAUAUCAGCAAAGUAAAAUUGAGCUUGGGCGACCUCAUUACACAAUCAAUGAUGACUUUGAAAAUCUUGGGUCAACACCAGAAUGUACUGGCCCAUUUUUUCCAAUAUCUGGAGAGAGCUUUACUGAACCAGUCUCAGUCUCAGGUAUUAGUUCUGAUUUGCAGUCUCUGAUUGGAGGAUCUGUCAGAAACAAGUCACAGAGUUCUUGCAUGUAUUCCACUACUGCUUCCUUUUCUGAUAGAGAGUUGGUAGGGUCACAUGGAAGAGGUUCUUUUUCUGUAAAAACAUCAGAAAAAUUGGUGGAAGAGAACUCAAAACAGGGAUCAGCAAUUCCUGGAUUUGCUGGGAAAGUUACCAAAUUGAAGUCUGACAAAAAGCUUGCAGUGGUUAAUGAAGAUGACAUAACACCAGUUCAUAGAAAGCCAAAAAAUCUGUGUUCGAAGUCAAAUGACCAUGAAAAUAGUAAAGCUAGUGGCAGGAAGAAGAAGAGGAUGCAGGAUGCAGUGGAAUGUAUUGAGUAUUUAUAUUCUGAGGAUAAGAGGUUGCAUCUGCAGAUAGAAAAAAAGUUGUCUUCAUUACAUGAUAUGUUAAAUCAUAAAAACAAUCUGCCUCCUGCAAUUUUUUCGCGAAGUGAUGCAAAGCCAGCUAUCUUGCAAGAUGGAAAAUGUCUAGUUUCUAAAUCAUUUGAUGACCUACAUGCCAAGAACUAUGGAUCUAGAAAAAGGAGAAAGGUGUCUGAAAAAAAGAAUUUUCAUCCUUGUACUGAUAAUGCUAAGAGUAAGCAGAUGAACAUGGUUGAAAUUGAGGACUUUGAAGAUGCAGCUGUCUACAACCUAGCUGUAUCACCUGUGAAUUGCUUAAGAGAAACUCAUCAUCCUUGCAGGGAAGAAACAAUUGAUGCUGUUGUGAGCAGCAAAGAAAAAGAAAUAUGCUUUGAAAACGUGUCUACUGGAGAUUAUAUGAAGCUGCUGGAGUUGGAUAAUACUGUUGAUGAGGAAAGGUAUAGGAUGGCAAUUGAAAAUCCUCUAUCACCGGAUUUACCUGAAAUCAAAAUUCCUAGCAUUGAAACAUUUGAAAGGGAUUUCUCCAUUUGUUUGUCAGAGGAGGGCAUCCAUAGAAAAUGUGCAAAUGACAAUUUCAUUAUGUCUUGCAGCUUUGAUGUCAUUGAUGUGGAAAUUGAUUCCAAUCUGCAUAAGGUAAAAAAUUCUGUUACGUUUUUUGAACAUUUAGAAAAUAAUGAAAAUGUGUCUCAUAAUGCAAUAGAUGCUGGAAAAUCUUCGGUUCCCCAGGUUGGGGGGUUGGACAUGGGGAUGGAGAUGGCAAAACAAAUUCUAAUUUCUGGAACUGAGGAGACACAAAUUCUUUUUGCAAGCAAUUCCGGAUUUAAAAAUGUGAGAAAUUCCAAGUAUUGUGUUGUGUUUUCAAGCUCAAAGAAGGAAAGCAACAUUUCUCGGAUACUCUGUGCUACGGAAUCCUGUUUAUCUCGGAGCUCUAUGGCAUCUCAGACAGAUUGGGCUGUGCAAAAAAUUCUGCUUGCCCUCAUGAUUGAGCAAAACCUUUUACCUGAGGAGAAGGUCUGUGUCUUCUUUUCAUCAUUGCUGCAUAACUUUGCUGUGGUCACUUCUGUGAAAUUCAGAAAUUUCUUGACUAGUGAUGCAUAUCUUUGUUCAGAUUCAUUUGCAGCACAUAUUAAAGCAGUAAUGGAUGAUAUGGAAACAAGGUGCAUGUUUUUUGAAUUAUGCCAAUUGGAAAUCCUGCUAAGCCUCGUGGAGAAUUUCCUUAUAGAUGGUCAAGUCAUGGUGUAUAGUGACGCUCAAUUUGAACCAUUGGUUCCACCUAGUUCAACGAACAACAUCUUUUCAGAUGACAUAACUAUGUUUCUGUCCUCUAAAAGGGCAACUCAUGAGCAGUUUAUAGCUGGAAGCAUUAUUUUAGCAUCCAUUUGUGCAGCAGUUGAUUAUACUAGUUUUAUUUGUGAGGCAUCUUAUAACAUUCUUCGAAUGUGCAAAUCUGAUUAUGCUUUGAUGUUGAAAGUUCUCCAUGUGUUUGCUUAUCUAUGUCGAGAAAAGUAUUUCACAUUGAGCAACUUCAGACUUGUUAUGGCCACCAUCAAAUCUCUAGUUUUGGUUCUUGAGGGAGGAAAUUCAUCAUUUGGUAUCAUAUCUACAUCUUCUCCUACAACAUGUGACAAUUGGACUGGGUUUCAUAAAUGUGGAAGAUGCCCAUUUUCUGAAAGUGCUUUUUCUGUUGAUGAAAUUACACUGUUCUUGCUAGAGAAACUUCAGAGUUGUGCUAUUCCAGGGAUCAAAAAUCAACAUGAGAUGGAACAUCCUGAUUCAUUAAACUACACAGUCUUGCCCCAAAUGGAUGAAGUGGCUGAUGAAAUUUCUCAGUAUAAAGAGGGUCUCUGCAUUCUAGAUUUGGACUUUGAUAUCUCCUGUAGCUCAUAUGAUUGUGAAAGUUGUAAUUCUGUUCAAUCUAGAUCUGUUAUUGAUAGGACUUUGAGUUACUUAAGUGAUAUUCUUUCACUGGUGGAGCUUAUUGCAUGCAGCAUGAAUUGGAACUGGACAUGCAGAAGAAUCAUUCCUCAUCUCUUGAAAAUUCUGGAAUCAUGUACCUCAGAGAAAUUUGCAGCUGCUAUUCUUGUUCUUCUUGGUCAAUUAGGGAGGCUUGGGAUUGUUGUGAAUGGAUAUGAACAGAUGGAAGUUGAAGAGCUGAGGUGUACAUUGUCUGGUUUUCUGGAUCAAGAUACUUCAACCAAAUGGGGUUUUCCUACUCAAUUUGCUACUGUUAAUGCUCUUACAAGUCUUCUCGCUCUUGAUUUUAGAGAACUUGUUGAGUGUGAUAAUGAGCACGCAGUUACUACAAGUAGAUCUGUUCAUGCCAAUAUUUUAAGAAAGUGGUUUUCUAGGCUGAGCAAAGAGCACAAGCGCAUGUUACUUGGCCUUUUCUAAUCUGCUGGUGUAAAUAGUUGAAUACUUAACCUAGUUGUAGAGCCAAAUGAUUUCCAUGACCAAGAGGAGUAGCAUGGUGGAAACUUGAGUCGUGCAUGCAAUUGAUGAAGGCUCUUGGUUUUGCAUUAAAUUUCAGAUGAGUUCUAUUAAUGGUAAGUGACAAAUUUAAUUGUUUUUUCUGGAAUCAAAAAAUUUUGCAAUCGAUGAGAAAGUCAGAACAUCUACUGAUGCCAAGGAAUUUUGUUGUAUAUUUCAAAUUGUCAAUAGUAAAUUGAAUUUUUGCCUUACCUUUAUAUCUAAUUGUAUGUUGCCAUGGUUCACUGGUUAUUUGUCUACAUUUGCCUGCCGGAGCAUCAUCUCUUUUAAAUACGGAGGUUGCAUAGUGUUAAUCAGAUAUAGUGAAAACUUCUUGGAAGCGCUUAUUCUUACUGGUUCUGACUUCCGAGGCUGGAAUAGAUUAAAAAAAAAGCAGCAUUGUAGAAAGCUCAAGGUCUUCUAGUGGUUUUGGUCCUACACAAACAUAUGAACCUGGCUAUUUGGAAAGGGGGGGGGGUUGUUCUGGAUUAGUUGCACUUUCUCAUGUAAGCUAAUGUAAUUAUGUUUCCAGGAGAUGUAAUUUAGAAACAUACAGUACUUGGUCGUACGCUUAUUCUUUUAUAAUGUAUUCCGUUACCUUUUUUUGCA